AUGGGUAUACUAUCAGUCUUUCUGCUAAAUGUUAUAUUUUCCUUUGUAAUUGGGAAUGUUAAGCUUGGAGGUGGAGGAAAAUUGUGCCUUUUAGAAUUAGACCUGUAUCCUAAAUCUGUUAAAUCUAAGCUGAAGAUGAAAACGUUGGCGCAAAUGCGAAAUGGGGUGCUUAAGAAGCUCAAUAAGAAAAAAAAAUUAGAAUUCUCUUCUUUGGUAGUGAGCCCUGGCAAGCAGCUGCUGAAGCAAUCAGAUCAGAAAAAGAAGGCUGAAUCCGCCAGAAGGAGAUUGAUUCAUAAAUCUGAUGUUUCCAAAGGCCAUCGAGUUGAUUCUUCUAAGAAGAAGUAUCGUGAAGAGAGUCGGGGUGAUCGAUCUUUUUGCUCAAGUUCUAAAGGUAAAAAGGACAGUGGGGGUUUGCAAAGUGUAAGUUUAAAGAGAUUGAGAAAACAGAAGAGAAAGAAAGAUAAGGUUGUUCCAGAUAAAGCUGCACAACUGCAGAGAAGAGCUAGAUACCUUUUGGUUAAAAUGAAGCUAGAACAAAGUCUCAUUGAUGCUUAUGCGGGAGAAGGUUGGAAAGGUCAGAGUCGAGAAAAGAUUAAGCCAGAAAAGGAGUUACAGAGAGCCAUGAAUCAGAUACUGAAAUGUAAGCUUGGAAUUCGGGAUACAAUUCACCAGUUGGAUUUACUUGCCUCUGUUGGGAAGAUUGAUGAUUCUUUGAUUUCUCCAGAUGGUUCUGUCCAUCAUGAACAUAUUUUCUGCAAAAAGUGCAAAUCUCAGGAUGUUUCAGAGGAUAAUGAUAUAAUAUUAUGUGAUGGCACCUGCAAUUGUGCUUUUCAUCAAAAAUGCAUUGAUCCCCCUUUGGCGACAAUAGAUAUUCCUCCUGAAGACGAAGGCUGGUUUUGUAAAUAUUGUGAUUCUAAGAUGGAAAUAUUAGAAGCAACAAAUGCGCAUCUUGGAACUCAAUUCUCUGCUGAUAGCACUUGGCAGGAUAUUUUUAAAGAAGAAGCAAAUUUAUCUAGUGUCGGGACCAGAGAUUUACACCCUGAAGAAGAGUGGCCUGAUGAUGAGUCCGAUGAUAAUGAUUAUAAUCCAGACAGGGAUGAAAAUGAUACCAGUAAUUGGUGUGGCAUUGAGGAUAGUGAUUCACAUGAGAAAACCAGUACUAGCAGCUCUUGUUGUUCAUUAGAGAGUGAAGUUCUCUCAGAAUCUGGAUUCUCUGGAAGAGAUGGAGUAUUCAGCGAUAUUGCUUCGUUGCAUCAAAAAUGUGCUACAGUAUCUAAUGAAAAUGAAUGUACUAGUGGUCCCAGAAAGCGAUGUGCUGUGGAUUAUAUAAAGCUCUAUGAUGAAAUGUUUGGGAAGGAUGCUACUACAUGUGAUAUGGUAAGCGAAGAUGAAGAUUGGGGCCCUUCUAAAAGAAGGCGGAGGGAAAAGGAGAGUGAUGUUGCUAGUACCCUUAUGACUUUGUGUGAAAGUGAAGCUAAACAUCCAGAUCUGCAAAAUCUGGAAGUGGGUAACAAUCACCUUCCAUUUGGAAAAGUUAAAAAGCCUCUCUCAAGGAUUCCUAGUGACGCCGUGCAGAAACUUCGUCAGGCAUUUUCUGAGAAUGAGCUUCCAUCCAGAGAUGUUAAGAAAAAUUUAUCAGAGCUGGUGGGUCUUGAGUAUGCAAAGGUGAACAAGUGGUUCAAAAAUGCACGCUACAUGGCUCUAAAGAAUAAAAAGAGAGAAAGAGCUUUGGACCAGUCUCCCAAGAAAUCUGAUACAGAAAUUGGUAAAACAACUGAGGUUGUUUCUAAGAGCUCCUCCACACCCAUUUUAAGCCAUAAGAAGAAACGAUUGAAGAAAGUCAGCUGGAAAGCUAAUCUAACGUCUUUGCUCAGCCCUUCAAAGAAACAGAAAUUGAUGAAAUCCUCUCUUGGUUGUACCAAGGCUAAUGCGGAGCUAAGUGAUGACAUGAGCUUAAAGAAGCACCUUUUAUACUUGAAGGCGAAAAGUGGUCAGAAAAAAAUAGUUAAACGUAAAACCGAGCCACUUCAAAGACAAAGCGCGGAAAUACUGAUGGAGCAUGUAUGCUGGAUUGAAGCAAAGAUCCGAAAGUUGAAACAAGCUCUAUCGACUAUUCAGAUGGUCAUAAACAAUGAAUCAGACGACUCUAGCUCGAGUAAACAACAGGUGGUCUAUGUUCCUAUUGCAGAGCUCAAAGAGAAAGCUCUAUGCUGAUCAUUCAUCACUCCAGUGAAACCCAGAUUAACAUACUGCCAAAAUCGAAUUAUUAAUUUUGUGAAAGGAUAUAGCAUCAAUCAUUUAAUUUCGGGUGAUGCUGAAUAUGUUUCAUUUGUUUUGUGGAUGCUAUUCUGGGGACCAUAUAGCUUUAUCUAUUGAUUCAGCUCUGUAAUUAGUCUCAAAAGGGUGUUGUAAAUACUGGAGUACGGAAAAUUUUGCAAGCUUAUAUAUAUUGACAGGAAAUACCAAUCUAA